CCAGUAUACACCAACAAACCCCGAGUCUAAUUAACCAUGGAUGUUAUAUUUCUAAUAUCCCUUUUCUAUCUCAUUCAUAGAGUUUUGAGCAAUGGGUGUAAAGAUAUGGACUUCAAGAUCACGAUAGAAGGUCAAGCCUUGGUCAACCAUACUUUCCUAACCACUCAAGCCACGAACGAUGGUCACUGCGAGUCAAAGUGUUUCAUGGAUGAUCUCUGCAUUUCAUACAACUUUGGAAGAAGCACAUCUGGGCAGUCAAACACGUGCGAGCUGAAUGAAGCUGAUCACAAGCAGUUUCCCAAUGAUCUUGUACCGCGACCAGGCACCAUGUAUAGGAAUGCCGAGAAUACUUGUGACUGCAGUACCAAUGAGGUCUGCCGAAUGGAUUUUAUUCAAAAGACACAUUUUUGUUUUGCGGCUAAGAACUGUAAGAGCUUCAAAGUUGUUCGGGCUGAUUAUUUUCUUGAUGGAAGUGGUCAAGGUCAAACCGGCCUCUGUAGGGGUGUUUUCAAAUCACCAUCAGGCAACACUCCAGCAGAGCCUUAUCGUAUAACAGUCGAGAUGUAUACCUAUCUAGUCACUGCAAGUUCGAGUGGGGCCAUGCAUCCUGGUAUCGGAUUCAAUGUCAAGGAUGAAGACAAUUUUAAUUUUGUUUACUUCAGAACGCAUGUAACAGCAUCUUGUUCAGGUUAUGUUACACAGCCAGGGAGAUUGCAAGCAAACAGUGUGAAAAUAAUGAACGGAGCCUGCUCAUAUUACGUGCCUCCAGCCAAUGCCUGGUUCAAAGUAGAGAUUAAAGUUUAUCCAGGUCAAGUAAAAGUUUUCAUAGACGACAACUACGCAACAACUUACUCCGGAAUGUCAACCACUUUGAUAAAAAGAGGUGCCCUGAUGGUGUUCAAUGGCUACGGAAAUGCAGUGAAAUUUCGAAAUUAUCGUAUUGAAAAUUUGUAAGGCACAACGGGUUUGUAUACUGGACCGAAAGCGAAUAUGGGUCAAAUCACAGAAGCGAUUAAAUAUUCGUUCUGAAUUAAUUGUUCCCGCUAGUAGUAAAGAUAAUAAUGGC